ACCCCACUCACCUAAAAUUUCUCUCAUCUCUUACUCUGUUUGCAGUACCCUUUAAGUCUUUAGUCAAAGUUAAACCAAAUGGCCCUUCUGGGUAGUCUUUUUGUGGUCUCUUUUGUUAUGUUUUCGAGCAUUGUUGAUGCAAGAAUCCCAGGAGUUUACACUGGUGCUGCAUGGCAAACCGCUCAUGCCACUUUCUAUGGUGGCAGUGAUGCCUCCGGAACAAUGGGAGGCGCUUGUGGGUAUGGAAACUUAUACAGUCAAGGCUACGGCGUGAACACUGCAGCACUAAGCACGGCGCUGUUCAACAAUGGGUUAAGUUGCGGAGCAUGUUUCGAGCUAAAGUGCGCAGAUGAGCCACAAUGGUGCCAUGCUGGUAGCCCUUCAAUCUUCAUUACAGCCACCAACUUUUGCCCUCCGAAUUUCGCUCAACCCAGCGACAAUGGAGGAUGGUGCAACCCCCCUCGCCCUCACUUCGAUCUCGCCAUGCCCAUGUUCCUCAAAAUCGCCGAGUACCGUGCAGGAAUAGUUCCCGUCUCUUAUCGAAGGGUUCCUUGCCGUAAGCAAGGAGGUAUCAGAUUCACAGUCAACGGCUUCCGUUACUUCAACUUGGUUUUGAUCACCAACGUCGCUGGUGCAGGGGAUAUUGUAAAGGCUAGUGUGAAGGGAUCAAAGACUGGGUGGAUGAGUUUGAGCAGAAACUGGGGACAGAAUUGGCAAUCAAACGCAGUUUUGGUUGGUCAGUCACUUUCGUUCAGGGUGACAGGCAGUGACCGUCGUACUUCCACGUCAUGGAACAUUGUCCCAGCAAAUUGGCAAUUUGGUCAAACUUUCACAGGAAAGAAUUUCAGGGUCUAAACUCUAAAAAUUUCAAGGGUUACUAUUCCCACUUCAAGUUUUUUCUUUUUCUUUUGUUUUUCUCGGAAAGUGAGAGGGAAAAUGAGGGAAACUGUGCGUGUGAACUUUUGGACUUUAAAGGUUGGGUGGGAGGUGAUUUUGUUUUUGGUUAAAAGUAAAAGGGUAAAAUGAAAUGUAAAAAAGCUGAAGUGGCUUCAAAAUUAUAGUGCCCGCAGCUUUGCUUACUGUUACUAUAUAGACUUUGGUUAUAUAAUAUAUAAUUUACAU